AUGGUAGCUCAGGCUGCCCAAGCAACAAGCUCGCGAUUGGCUAAACAAUUGGAUGAAGCUAAGAAAAUAGACGAGAGCGUUUUCGAGUAUGAUGAGGUCUUUGACCAAAUGCAGGCAGCCAGGGAGGCCGUAGAGAGUAGCAGGAAAAAGGAGAGCGCAACACGUGCACCAAAAUACAUAGAGGGUUUGGCACAUGCAGCAGAGAAACGUAAACUCGAUAGGAGUCGGGCAGAGGAGAAAAUGAUACAGAAAACCCGUGAGAAAGAAGGCGACGAGUUUGCUGGUACAGAAGAGUUUGUCACUGAAGGAUACAAGCAGACGCUAGCCGAAAUAAAAAAAGCCGAGGAGGAGGAAGAAGCUAGGGAGAAGAAAGAGGUGGAAAGUAGGGGCGUCGGUGCAUCCGCUUUCAUGCGUGGUAUACUCAAUGAUAAAGAAGAAGUGCACACCGCGGCCAUGAAGGCAGCUCUAGACUCCAAACCUAACGUCAUACGGCCACCUACCGAGCAAACUGACGAAAGUGAGACUACGAAGAUAAAACACGCGCAAUCGAAAGGUAAUGAGGUAGAGAUCGAUGACGAAGGGCAAGCUGUUGAUAAGGUACAGCUCCUCUCUGCAGGUCUCAAUGCUGGAAAGAAGAGACGCGCACCUCAAGGACCUUCCCUCCCAACUCCUCAGACUCAACAACCAGGCUUCAAGAGACAGGCUGUCGGUGCUGACGCCUCCCAGGCUUCCAUUAGAGCGCGUCAUAGUAAGAUGGUAGAAGAGCAGAUGCUCUCACUCUCCAAACAGAAAGAAGAAGAGCGCAAAAGUGCGACAGAAUCGCAACAAUCUAAGACACUCGAAAGACGUAACGACGAGUCCGCAAUCGAAGCUGCGAAGAGAAGAUUCGCAGAGCGUAGGAGCAAAGCUGGAAAAUAA